AUGACAUUCCGAAUACCCCAAAAUAUCAACAGGCUUUGGAUCUCAUGGAUCUUAACCGCUAUAUUUGCAAUUCGGAUGGCACAAGCCCAAAAUGUUUUGACCCAAGACACGGCCAAAUGCUUCACAAGUCUCGUGGAUGCAGAUGCCAAUGGUGACUCGCAAUUGGACAAGACGGAAUACGUUGCCUUUUUAAAAUUGUACGGAGUUCCCAACAUUGGAGACUCGUAUCAAUCGUUGCCGUUGGUCCUGCAAUCUACCUUCUUUUCCAUUUCCUGCUUUUGCACGACCAAUGGAUUGGCGACGGGCUCCUGCUGCGAUGGCGCAACUCCCUACAUUCCAACCGAUGGGGCUGCGGCAGAAGUGCCCACAACUGCGCAAGAGACCUAUCUCGGCAGACUCUGUGGAUUGACGGAUUCGGCCGUCGGUCAAAUCGGUCCGGCAACGACACCAGCUCCUUCUUCCGCCAGUCCUUCCUCGAAUCCUUCCGCCAGUCCUUCCUCGAGUCCUUCCGCCAUCUCCCAGAGUCCUUCCAUGAAUCCAACGGGAUCCGCGGCUCCUACCAACAUACCUUCCGGAGUUCCAACCGGUCUUCCAACCAUGACUGCAAGCCAAAACCCAACCACGUUGCCGUUGACACCUAGUCCGACGGCAGUUCCCAUGGUGACCAAGAUUCAAACCCAAUACUCGAUUGGCAUUACCAAUGGCAAGGCAGAACAAAUCGAUCCCGAGUGGUUUGCCCGGGACUUGAUUGAUGCCAUGAAUGUGCUGGCGACCGAAGUGGGGGUUCUGGUAGAGGACAGUGGUGGCAACAACAAUCGACGGAGAUUGACCGUGACAGUGGGAUUACCGACGGAGAUUAUUGGAUUUGAAGAACAAGAGUGGUCCAAUGACAGUUCUGCAGCUUGUCCCGCAACUCUAGCAAACCCAGAGACAGAUUCCUGUCAACAAGUUACAGCUUCCGUAGAGUUGUUUGUGGAUGAAAACCAAAGCGACGUAACAGCGUUGUUUGGAACGACUUUGGAAGAUGAAAUUGAAGCGGGUCGAUUGGAAGAAGCUCUCUUGUUGAUUGAUCCAGAGACUCCUGUGAAAAUUUUGGCUGGCAAGGGACAACGAAGUGGUCCAACUGAGGCUCCUGCUGUUGCCAAAUCAGAAGGCUUGUCCACUGGUGCACUGAUUGGGCUCGGUGCUGCCGGAGUGGCGUUGUUGGCGGUCCUUGUUGUUACUUGUUGCAAAUCCAAGCGAGGGAAUGAACCAUCCUCGACUCCUCGUAGUAGACAAGACGAUGGCAAAUUUGUGGAAGCGACUCCUUCUGAAGAAUUGAAAAUGGCACAAAAGGAAGUGGGAUCUGGUCUGGAGUGGCAGCCUCCAAAACCAGCAGUAGACGAAGAAAAUGGCAGUGCUUUGAAUGACAAUCCAUGGGUCAACAAGAAGAAACGAGACGAUGGAUCGGUAGUAUCAGAUGCAGGAUGGUCCGAUGCUUAUUCGUCAUCGAUGGGUACCAAUGAAAGUGACGACGAGCGAGACAUGGCGUCGCCUAAUAAAAAUAUAGCAGAUCACAUUGAAGGAACGAAACAUAUGGGCGAUGCUGGGUCGAGCAGUUUGGGAGAAUUGGAAGCGGCCAUUCAAUCGGAGAAUUGGGCUGCAGUUGGAGCUUCGGCGGCGGUACUCGCUGCCAAUCAAUACGAAUCAGAAUCGCAAACCAAUUCAAAGUCGUCUUCCAAGGGUACCGGCAUGGACAGUUCGGUACAAUCUUCACUCAAUAGAAGAGAAUUGGAUACGGAAAAGACACAAGAGCUUGAUAAUUUGAUCCAAUCGGGUGAUUGGGAGGGUGUGAUUCAAGCGGCGGCACGCUAUGAAGCAGAAAUUGGACAAGGGGAUCAGUCAGCGACUGUCUUUGAAGAUAGUGAUUCGCGUUCAGACUCCAAAUCGGAUUCUCGGUCGGGUUCCUUUACCAUCGGCUCACAAUUCUCCUCCAUUCAACAGUCAUCUGCAGCUUCGGGUGCUGGAUCUAAGGCUACACCCAACCAAGCUGAAUUCAAAAAGGAAGUAGAGGAUCUUGUAGCCAAGGUGAUCCCAGAGGAGGCCGACCAUGUGGACGAUAUGAUUGAGCAAUUCAAGGGAAGGGAAAAUGAAUUGCUUGAGACUCUUCGAACAAUGCAAGAGCGCAACAUUGCGCAAAAAGCGAGGAAGGCAGAGCAACAAAGGGCCAAGAUUGAAGCCAAACAAAUGGUGGCGCAAGCGAGACAAGAGCAAACGAGUGCGGAUCCAGGAGAAAGAGUUCCAGCAACUGGAGCACCUGCAGCGGCAACGCUUCCUGCACCUGAGCCUCCUGCCACAGCAGCAGCUCCAACGCCUGGAGAAGGUGCGGCAGCUCCAGUGGCUACAACACGAACAUCAAUGGCUCCACCUCCUUCAACGGAUGGAGUCGCACCGAUGACAGCAGUUCCAACACCGUUCCCAGCACCAGUAGUCUCUCCUGCUCCAGAAGCACCGGACAAUACAGAGGAUCCCGCGGCAGCUGCCGCUGCAGACUGGGCCAUUGCGCAAGCCCUGUCCAACCUGGAAAGGGAACGUUCAUCUCUAGAAGAGGGGUCAUAUGUUGUUCCAGAUGAAGAUUUCGAUGAUGAAGGCAGCCUGUAG